AUGGCCAUGCAAGUGGAUUUCAACGCCUUGAAGGCACGGACUAUGGGGUCUGGGGCCGAUGAGGAAGCCGUGACAGUCGACACUCGAGGGUUGAUCUCAAAAGUGCUUGCUCGGUAUUCCGGCAAAUGGACAGUUCUUCGAGAAAUGAUCCAAAAUGCGGCCGAUGCCUCUGCAACGAAAGUGACGAUCAAAUUUGAGACUCUUCCGUCGACUACAAUACCUUCACCUUCAUCAAAUGAUCCCACUGCACAUCUGAAGCAUACCAUUACCAACCAUACUCUUCGACGUCUUUUAAUCUCAAACAACGGGGCUGCGUUCAGCGAAAAGGAUUGGGCAAGACUGAAGCGGAUUGCAGACGGAAAUCCAGAUGAAACAAAGAUCGGCGCAUUCGGGGUGGGUUUCUACAGUGUCUUCGAUGAUUGCGAGGAGCCGUUUGUGUCUUCCGGUAACCAAGCCAUGGCCUUCUAUUGGAAAGGGAAUGCACUGUUUACCCGCCGACUGGAUCUUGGGGAAGUCGCAAGUCAAGACACCACUUUUGUGUUGGAUUAUCGCAAUGAUUCCUCGCCCGUUCCCUCAUUACUGCAGCUUUGUCAAUUCUUGUCGAGCAGUUUGACAUUUGUCUCCUUGCAAGAGAUAGAACUAUGGCUAGAUGAUUGGAAUCUUUUGCGGCUAUCAAAAAAGACCGCCCCCAGCGUUGACGUUCCGAUACCAAGAGAUAUCGAUACCAAGACUGCAGAAGGUUUGAUGAAAAUCGUUAACGUCACGCGAGAAAUUGCCCAGGUCGACGCUUCAUGGAUGCGAAUUGUUGAAUGGAAUCCCAACGCAAGCUUAUUCCGCCUCGAUAAUCUUCGGGACACAACCAGCUCACUUCGAAGUUUCUUUUCCAAAUUCACGCAAAGCACGCCAGAGAAACAAUCUAGCCAGAACCCGGAACCUGAGCGGCAGGAAGAUUCGAGCAACAUGAAUACCAUGCUCACAGCAUCGGUCUUUUUGCAUAUUAACACCGCAUCGCUUCAACCCUCUAUCAGUCGAGAUUUGAGCCAAGAAUUAGAACGAGCCACACGAAAGCCCCCGCCUAAGAAGGCAACCAUUGCAAUCCUGACUCCCUCCUAUGACGCUAACUUGGCGACUGGAGCAUCCUCGUCACAGUCAGAAAUUCUUUCAUCGAUUCUACCCACAAAAGCCGGAAGAGUCUUCAUUGGCUUUCCUACGGCGCAGACGACUGGCUUGAAUGCUCAUGUCUCUGCCCCAUCUGUAAUUCCUACAGUGGAGCGAGAGAGUAUUGAUUUAAACACUCGGUAUAUCAGUAAAUGGAAUCUUGAAAUGUUGCGGGCAGUUGGUAUCGUCUGCCGAAUUGCUUGGUCUGCAGAGAUGGCUACAAUCAAGUCUAAACUCGCUUCAAAAGUUGGGCCGUCACGUUCGCUCAAGAUCCGGAAAGAGGACAUUGUUGAUGUCCUGCCAGAGGCUAUUCACACUGCAAACCAGUUUGUGUUCCGUGAAUCUACCCCAUCUUCAAUUUUGGGGCAAACAAUUGAAGAUGCAUUCUGGAUGUGCAACAAGAAUGCCUCGAUCGAGGUCCUUUCUACCUGUGGUGUCAUUCCCAGUCAUCAAACACGUAUCGCACCCAAGGAUUUGAGUUUCAUGGAUUCAAUUCCUGCCCUGCCUGAAGAAUUUGUGCAAGGCUCCAAAGACUUUGUCAAAAGGCUCACGGAUUUCGGAUUGGUCACGGAAAUCACAGUAUCCGACAUCAAGCGCGAAUUGGAGUCUAACACUUUGCGUUCCAACCAAGUCCUUGAAUUUAUCUCAUGGCUUGGACGCAAAACUGUGGUCGGCCAGCUUGAUAAGUCAUCGGUUCAAAGUCUACUGCGUGUAGCAGUGGCUAAUGACGAGGACAAACAGGGAGUUCCCACUCGCUUGCUGAUCUUUGCGGAGAUUAACUGUUUCCUGAAUCCUCAGCGCAUUCCAGCAGAUUUACCUGUACCGCCAAGUGUGAUACCUUUCAGGUUCACCAAGUCUUUGGACAAGCAACACCUGGAAGCGCUUGGCUGGACCGAGCUGCAAAUUGUUCCUUGGCUUCGCUGGAUCAUCAGCAAUUCCGGGGACCGCAAUAUUUUCCCAGCAGAGCAAGACAUCACGCAGUCGGCGGUUUUUUCGGGUCAGGUUAUGCCUGUUCUAUCAAAGCAAUGGGAGGUCUUGAGCCAAGCAUCGAAGCAAAGUGUUGUCGCAAUACUUCAACCUCAGACUGUGAUACCCACAAAGCUCGGGAUGAAGCAGCCUGCGCAGACAUAUUUUGCUUCUGUGCGCCUUUUUGACGACCUACCCGUGGUUCACGGUCUGAACGGGGUAAAGGAGAAAAUCCUGGUUUCACUUGGCGUUCGUAAAACUGUGGAGCUUGGUGUGAUCUUUGAUCGCUUGAUCAACACCCCAACUUCGAGUGACGAGAAAGGUCCUACACCUAGGAAAUGGAAUCACGUUGACCUCAUCAGAUAUCUCGCCUCUGUAAGAGAUGAUAUCCCUACUAAUGAUAUUCAGAGGCUCAAGGGGGCCAGCAUUUGUACUGCAGAAAGUGGAAGUGGCUCGGAAAACACACGUUACAAGAUUUGUGAGCUUUAUGAGCCCAAGGAUGCAUUGCGAGCUCUUGGGUUACCGAUCAUCGAAUGGCCAGGCAUCUAUACCAGCAACAGCAAUGAGGGCAAAUUCCUCACGAUGAUGGGGCUCAAGAGUUACCCAUCGGCGGUGGAACUGGUACACCUCAUGUCUGCCGGCAGCACGGAGAAAGAUAGCCGAGCAAGCAAGGCUCUCUCAUACUUCCUUGGCGAGUAUCACUCGAAUGGGUAUGUCUCGUUUGAGAUUAGUGCGGUCACAGUUCCAUUUCUUCCCAUCGAAGGAUCCGAUAGUCUAAGCGUACCGAAGAAGUGCUUUACUGAUGAAGGUGCGGCCUUGUUCGGUUUCAAGCUUCUCAGGCAGAAUCUUCACUCCCAUGCCUCCAGGCUGGGAGUCAGGCCUCAUCCUCCCAUGACGGACUGCCUGCAAGUUCUUUCAAAACAGCCUCCAACUACCCAAAGGGAUGCUCGGAUUAUGUUCAAGUAUCUCGCAGGACGAGUAGCCGAUCUGAGCCAGCACGAUAUUGCCCGCAUUGGUCAGGCUCCAAUCAUCCCAAUCCAUACCCGCGACCAAUCAGAGAAGGAACCUAAAGUUCGACUUGUGGCCCCCAGGCUAUGCUAUCUUGGAGAGGGGGAGGACUACAAGGACAUAUUUGACUUCGUUAACUUUGGCCCGGAGGCAAAUCUUUUCCUCAUGGCCAUCGGAUCGAAACGAGAACCCACCAAGAUCGAAAUUGCACGGAUGCUGGUCAAAGAGCCAGCUCGCAUCUCCGCUGCAUUCCAAAGCUCGGAGAAGUACCUGAUGCUCCUCAGGACUCUCGCGGAGCAUCUCUCAGUGCUGAAGAAGGACAAGGAUCUUUUUGUUGAAAUGAAGAAGGCGAGAUUCCUUCUUGCCAGCCGUGACAUUCCACCUAGUGCGUCAGACCAUAAUGCCAAAAAGUCGUCCGGGAAGGAGCUUCAUGAUGAGGAUGAUGAUAUGAAUAUCAAAGAAUGGAGUCUCGCCUCCGCCAAGGAGAUUGUCGUGGUAGACGAUUUCCAAAGUUUCAAUCUUUUCAAAGAACAUAUCUUGGCCGCGCCACAAGAAGAAUCAUUGGAAGAUUUUUACGCUGCCCUUGGGGCUAUUCCUUUGAGCAGACUUGUUGAAGAACAAGCGCGAUUUGGCAGCAUCGCUUCCGAUCAAACCCCCGCACACAAAUUGGAGAAGCUGAUUCUCGAACGUGCGCGACUUUUCUUGCAUGACCAACCCACAGAUUCCGUUCUACAUGGGACUCGAUGGUUGGAGCAUUCUUUCAAAGUCCAGGUCGUGACAUCAAUAAGUCUUACGAGAUCCUUAAAAGGACGACGGGUGGCGCAUACGCAGAAGCGAAACGCAAUUGUUGCACGCCUAAACUCCACCUGGGGCAUGUGUAUCUGUCCAGGACGAUACGAUCUGUACGAGAUCAGUCAAUCCUUGGUGCAUUUGAUCUUGAAGCGACCAAAGCUGCAUUCUACUCUCACUCUAGAGAUGCUGUUGAAGACGGAUCUCUUGGAACUCCGCGCUCGAGGUUAUAAUGUGGAGCGUAUCCUGAGGCAAAAGGCCCAAGAAGCUCGAAUUGCAGAAGAUAAGCGUCAAAAACAGCUCGAGGAGGAGAGACGUGUCUUGCAGGAGAGAGAAGCUGCCUGGGCGGCUGGUCAAGCCCAGCGUGACUCCCAGCAGGCUGAAGAAGAGAGGUCCCAGGCACAGACACAAAAUGCGAUGCCCGGGGUUUUCCCCGAGUCACCCAAAAAUAACAAGACGUUGCCAGAAGAGGCACAUGCCGUUCCACCUGAGCCUAUGCCAGAGCGACCAAGUCGUGGGUUGUUUGCCAAUCUGUCGAAACGAUUCGGCUUGGAUGGUGGGAAGUCUAGCUCGAACUCGGCCUCUGAUGGACAAUCUCGAUCUUUGCUUCCCGAGUCCUCUACGCCUCCACCACCGCCUUACUCCCCGAACGAUCCCCAGACACAGCAAACGCGCUCGGAGCAACCUGUGAACGCCAACUCGCCUCACCGAUUGAACUCAGAGCUUCUCUCCGCUGUGCAAGCGUGUCGAGCCCACGGAUCCUCUGAUGUGUACAGUCGCCCAGAAACAAACCAAAUCCAGAAGAGCGAGUCCUACUGCGACGAACGACCAAGUCAUGACUUGGAGUUUGUCGCUACGCUUCCCAGUAGUGGCAUGAAUGUUCUGUUCACGAAAACAGUCACCGAGAGGUCUGCUUUCCUCGCACGAAACCGUGUCGGGUUCAACCUUUUCUCUUCGAUUCUCCUUGAUUGUGGCUCAAUCUUCUCGAUGCGGUCUGACAGUCUGAGCAUCUUCUAUGAUCCGGGCGGCAAAACAAUUGCCUUCAAUCGCGCGGGUAGUAUCUUCUGCAACUACUGGUAUUUCCAAUCAUUGCAGGAACCCGAGCUACUCCAGAGCACCAGCCCGGAUCGCACUGAGGCCAUUGUAUAUUGGUGGGUGAUUCUGUGCCAUGAGCUGGCGCACAACUUGGUUGGGGAUCACAGCUCGGCACACAGUUUCUACACCGAGGGCUUUGUGGCCCAGUAUUUCCCUAAGGUUGCGGUCAAGCUUGCUUCGCUGCAGACACCAACGCAACCACCUCCGCCUGGACAGUGA